AUGCACAUUCACGCCUUCUUCUUCGUACUCGCUGUCCUCUCUAUCGCAAGCACGGUGCCAUUUACCAUGGCCCAACAGGAUCCAAACACUGUUGGAACCGCGCAAAGGGAAAUGUUAGUCCGCCGCCCAGCGUUCACGAAGUCCCAGAGGGUUCGAAGAGAUACGUCAAGAAUUGCUGUUGGUAGUAACUUUGCCAGGUCACCUGGUGGUAGUGUUCCUAUUGUUGUACCAAAUUAG